UACAUUCAAUUUCAGUAACCAUGAAGCUUGUGCUGUUGAUACUGUUUGUGGCCACAGCCUGUGCUCGCACGAGUCCCGAUCGCACGGCGCCGUAUACUGAUGGUCCCCAAGAGAGGAUUGUGAACGGAUACCCGGCCGAGGAGGGAAAGGCGCCUUACGCCGUGGGCCUGCGGAUGAACAAUGGAGCCGUGGGCGCAGGCUCCGUCAUUGGCAACACCUGGGUCCUGACCGCCGCCCACUGCCUGACCACCGACUCCGUGACCAUCCACUACGGCUCGAACAGGGCCUGGAACGGUCAAAUUCAGCAUACUGUGAGUAAGGACAACUUCUUUCGGCACCCCGGAUUUGGAAAUAGCGCUGGCCAUGACAUCGGACUGAUUCGCACCCCCCACGUGGACUUCACCAACCUGAUCAACAAGGUCUCGUUGCCAACGUUUAGCCAGAAAGGCGAGCGCUUCGAGAACUGGUGGACUGUGGCCUGUGGCUGGGGAGGAAUGGCCAGCGGCAAUCUGGCCAACUGGCUGCAGUGCAUGGACGUGCAGAUCAUUAGUAACGACGAAUGUGCCAGGUCCUACGGAUCAGUGGCCUCCACCGACAUGUGCACCCGCGCCACCGAUGGAAAGUCCGUGUGCGGCGGCGACUCCGGCGGAGCACUGGUCACACACGACAAUCCCAUUCAGGUGGGCGUGAUUGUCUUUGCCUCCGGCGGCUGCAAGAACGGCCCUUCUGGCUACACCCGUGUCUCCGACCACUUGGACUGGAUCAAGGAAAACUCAGGAAUCGCCUACUAAUACUCUUGGACAAUAUAGACCAUGUCCAAAUUGUAAUCGAAUUUAUGUUACAAAUAUUUGUGCCGAUAAAUCUAUUAAACUUAUAUUAUUCUUUUAUAAAUAUUUUAAACUAUACCCGC